GGGAGAAGAGACAACUACAGGAGCGCGCGUCUUCCUGUCGCUCGCGCACUUUCGUUCGUCGUCGUCGCAGCAGUUACUGCAAGCUUUCAUUUUCUUAGUGGUAACCGAAAGACAAGAUGUCACAGGAAAAAGAAGUGGAUAGCCUCGGCCCUUUGGAAAACUUCAUUGAUACCGAGAAAUGGUUAACCUUCAGAACAGACAAUGGUUUGUUCUGGUGCAGCCUUGAUGUUGGGGGUGAAUUCAGCAGUAUUCAAGGUGUCAGAAGAUUUAAUGAAUCUUGUAAGUUCAAGGUGUUGAGAGGGAAAAAUGGCAAGAUCCUCUUACAAGAUUGGCGUGGUGUAUACCUCAGCAGAAUCCAAAGAGUCAAUGAACAUUUUAUUGAAGCAGCAAAAUCUGAACCAGAUGCAUUAUGUGAAUUUCAAGUAUCCUGUGAGGAUGAGAAAGUGAUCUUCAGAGCUGAUAAUGGGAAGGUUGUCAGCAGAUAUUUCAAUUAUACAGAGCACAAUAUUGAAGCAGCACCUGAGGAACCAAAUUACUUCUGCAGGUUCACUGUGAGCACUGGAGAAGCCUCUGGGGAUUGUUGGAGUCCUAUAGAUUGCUACGAUGAGUUAGAGGAUUCAGAAAACUUCAGAACACCUGAGGACAGUCAAACUUCCCUGGAAAGAUACAUUGACAGUGACCAGUGGGCAACUUUCAGAACAAUUGAAGGUACAUUCUGGUGCAGUAAGGUUCAUAGUGGUGGCAUUUACAGACUCCAGGCUGUAGAUACCUAUGAUGAAGAAUGGUGCAAAUUCAAGGUUUCAAAGGCAAACAAUGGCAAGAUACUACUUCAGGACAAAAGGGGUGUAUACUUAAGCCUCCAUGGAAGUGAUGGCAUUGGAGAAAUUCAAGCCACUAAACGUGAACUUGACACAUCCUGUGAAUUUCAAGUCUCAUACGAAGGCAGAAUGAUACUCUUCAAAGCAGAAAAUGACAGGAUGCUGAGCUUGUUUUACCGUUGUGGCGGCCACCCAAUAAAAGCGGAUAAAGAUGUUUCAGAUGUCUUCUGCAAGUUAACAGUCAGCAGUGAAGCCCCACUUGCUGCCAUUGGUAGUUUGGAAAAAUACAUCAACAAAGAUAAAUGGGUAACUUUUACAACAGACAAUGGCUUAUUUUGGUGCAGCAAACCUGAUGGUGAUAUCUGUGAGAUUCAAGCAGUUGACAUCUUCGACGAAGAGUGGUGCAAGUUUAAAGUUUCAAGAGUAAAUGGUGCAAUCUUGAUGCAAGAUAAACGAGGAGUUUACCUUAGCAGAAUUCGAAGAGGUGAUAUUGACUUUAUUGAAGCUGCUAAACCUGAACCAGAUGUAUUUUGUGAAUUCAGCGUCUCCUUUGAGAAUGAGAAGCUCCUUUUCCAAGCUGAGAAUGGCAGAAUGUUAAGCAGAGUUUGUCGUUAUGGACAACAGAUCAUUGAAGCAGCAAAAGAUACUCCAGAUGUCUUCUGCCAGGUCACGGUCAGUGAAGAUAGUUUGAGUCUUUUGGAAGAUUACAUUUGUGAAGAAAAGUGGGUAUCUUUUGCAACAGACAAUGGCAUGUUCUGGUGCAGCACUAAGUGUGGUGGGACCUACAGAAUUAAGGCUGUUGAUAGCUAUGAUAAUGAUUGGUGCAAGUUUAAAGUGACAAGAAGUAAAAAUGGCAAGAUCAUGCUGCAAGACAAGCGUGGUGUAUACCUCAGCAGAAUUCGAUGGGGCGAUGUUGACUUUGUUGAAGCUAUUAAGCCUGAGCCAGAUGUGUUCUGUGAAUUUCAAAUUUCUUCUGUUGGUGAGAAAAUGUUCUUCACAGCGGAAAAUGGCAGGAUUCUAACCAGAAUGUGCCGUUAUGGAGAGCAGAACAUAGAAGCAGCUAAGGAAACUCCCGAUGCCUACUGCAAAUUUUUAAUCAGCACCGGAGAGACCACCCUAGAUCCUUUGAAGAAGUAUUUAAAUGCAGAGGAAUGGGUCAUUUUCAGAACAGACAAUGGUAUGUUCUGGCGUAGCACAUGCAUAGGCUCUGGAAUCUACCGAAUUAAGGCAGCUGACGCUUAUGAUGAUGAUUGGUGCAAGUUCAGAGUCAAAGCAACUGAAAAGGGCAAGAUCCUGCUGCAGGACAAGAGAGGAAUGUACCUCAGCAGAAUCCAGUGGGAUGGUCUUGAUUUUAUCGAAGCCGCUAAGUCUGAACCCGAUGCAUCCUGUGAGUUUCAGUCUUCCUUUGAAGAUGAAAAAGUCAUUUUCACAGCUGAAAAUGGCAGAAUGCUUAGUAGGUUUUCUCGUUAUGGGGAGCAGAACAUUGAAGCAGUUAAAGAUACUCCAGACACCUUCUGCAAAUUUUUUGUCAGUAGCGGAGGUGCAUUUUAAAAAGCAAAAAAUACCAAAGUACCAAAACAUAAUGCAGUUUUAAGGAUCUGCAGUUGACCCCUCUGUUUUCUUCCUAAAGAAAAAGGCAAGCAACUUUGCAAAUGCUCUUGAUUAGAAAAUAAUCCCCUGAUUGCAGAACAGUGCUUUUUAGCUUCAGUGCAACUAGGAAGUGAAAAGUAAAAAAGCUCACAACAGAAAUAUAGAAAUGCAGCUUGGCAGGUAGCAGGGAAAGAACUUUUAUGUUAAUGUAAGGGGGUAAGGAAGAAUGAGCAAGAAGCAGGAAUUUUUAUGCUUAAAGUAGACUCAGAAAGUGUGAAGUAUUUCAGGAGACUGUUUGUUAGUUGUUGCAGGUUUGAAAGUAUUCAUGUUCAGUUUUACUGAAAGUCUAAGAAAAGUAAAACGUUUUAUUAAGGUUAGACUUCAAAUGUAAGGGCGUUCUUUUCAUUUAUUGUAACAAAUGCAACCAAUAUAUUGCUUGCUUAAUUUACUGGAAAUAAAGAUGUGCCUUUUUUCAUUCUUUAA